UCCACACUCUCUUCGUCUUCCUCAUAGUCCUAUCUUAUAUUUUAGAUUCAUCGCUAAUUUGUAUGACCCGGUUAGCUUAUUGCGCUUAUUAUUACAAACUGUUCUUGAAUUUCACUGCCCCUGACACAGUUUAUCUGUUUGAGAUAUAACACAAGUUUAUUUAUUGUGUUGUGGCUUGUCAAGUUACAACCGGCACUUACAUCUUGGCUUCAUAUUAACAUGGGGUUUGUGUCUCAUGGUUUGUCUUUUACGUUUGCAAUACUUGUGCUGAUAUUAGGCACACCAUGCUCAUGUGUCUUUGGGAAGGCUGAAAGUAAUGUAAAAUCAGCUGUUUUUCUGUCUCCCAAGUUUGAACUUAGACCUGGAUCGGUUGCCAAUAAAUUUUAUUAUGAUCUUGAUUUUCCAAGAGGUCAUAUUGCACUCAAGAGUUUCAAUGCUGAAGUGGUUGAUGAAGCAGGGAACUCGGUGCCUCUCCAUGAAACUUAUCUCCACCACUGGGUUGUUGUAAGGUAUUAUCAACCUAAAUAUUUGACGACACACACAAGGUAUGAUAGCCAUAGGAUACUUCACGGCUCUGACGUUGUGAUAGUGAGGAACAGUGGUAUAUGCCAAAGAAAUACUCUGGGACAAUAUUAUGGCCUUGGAUCUGAAACGCGAGGAACUGCUACGGAUGUUCCAGAUCCUUUUGGGAUAGUUGUAGGUAACCCUGCAGAAAUUCCUGAAGGGUAUGAGGAGAAGUGGAUGUUCAAUAUCCAUGCCAUUGAUACACGUGGUGUAGUGGAUAAGAUGGGGUGCACUGAGUGCGUGUGUGACCUUUACAAUGUUACAAAGGAUCAACAUGGGAAGCCUCUAAGUUCAGACUAUAAAGGAGGUUUGUUUUGUUGCUAUGAUCAAACUCAGUGCAGGUUGAGGGAAGGUUUUGAGGGCCCAAAGAGGACCCUUUACCUAAGAUACACAGUAAAGUGGGUUGACUGGGACAAGUUCAUUGUGCCUGUUAAGAUUUAUCUACUUGAUGUAACAGAUACCUUUAAAAUAUCAGAUGAUUCUAAAGGGAUGAUUCCAGAGCAUGAUUGCCAAAUUGAGUAUGAGGUUGAAUCUUGCAGCACUGGCCACAAGGAUGGUAAUGGCUGUAAUCAUGUGAAGAGGACAAGCCUCCCAUUGCCAAAGGGUGGUUAUGUUAUCUAUGGUGUUGCUCAUCAGCAUUCAGGUGGCACCGGAUCAACUCUAUAUGGACAGGAUGGACGGGUUAUAUGUUCUUCAAUACCAAGUUAUGGAAAGGGAAAGGAAGCAGGAAAUGAGGCAGGCUACAUUGUAGGAAUGUCCACAUGCUAUCCUCGACCAGGUUCUGUGAAGAUAAUUGAUGGUGAAACUUUAACUCUAGAGUCUAACUACAGUAGCAGCCGUGGCCACACCGGAGUGAUGGGGCUUUUCUACCUAUUAGUGGCAGAACAGCUUCCACGUCAACACUUCAGACAUUCCUCUCGUUCUUCUUCAUUCUUUACGAAUAUAAAUAGUAUAUUUGAUUGAUAUAGGUAAGUAGUGACAUGCUUAUGCUAGUGUAGUAUCAUCGACGGUAUCUUGGUAUUUAUGAAUGUCAAAAUAUAUGACGACAGAAUUUGGAAAUGUAAUUGGAAAAUGUAUUUGUCAUUCUCUGCAGCAGCUAGCACAGGCAAAGGGCAUAUUCUCAUAUUUGAGGAAUACAACAAUCGGAUUCAGUCAUUUGUGUUUGUGAUGGUU